CCCCUCAUGUGUGGAUGGGGUUUGAUGAGGAUGAUUUCACAAUUGGUAGAUGGCAAGCCAUUCAAUAUGAAGGCCUGCCUGAUUGUUGUAUUUAUUGUAAGCACCAAGGCCACUUAGCACAAGUGUGUAUGGUAAAAACAAAAGGGGAUGAGGAGAACAAGAAAAGCAGAGAUGCUGAGGCUGAAAACAAAAACAAACAAGGGACAUCAGCUACUAAUCAGGUACCAAAGAAAACCAACAAACAUGUAAGCAUGAAGGGGGAAAAACUCAUGAAGAGGAGUGGCAAACACAAAGGAGGAGAAAUAAAAAAAAAUCAACAAUCAAAUAUGCAACAAAAUAAUGGAAACCUGACUUCUAGGAACCAACUGCAGUCACACACUCAGAAAAAAAAGGUUCUGCACAAUGAGCCUUCCACUGGGACCAAGAAAUCUAAUAAAAAUGAGAUACUGCAACAAAAUCAAAAAAGAAACAGUGAUGAUAGCAGGAAAUCCAAAGAUCAAGAGAUCAAGGUGACUGAUACAAAUGCAAAUACAAACUGUCACAAGGAAGGAGCUGCAAUUUCAGAUUUGAGCCAGUUGCUGCUAUAUGCUGAGCUAAAAUUUGUUACACUUUUAGGCCAGACAACUGCUGUGUUUUUAGCUAAAAAUAUUGCUGCUAUAAAUGUUGCACUUUGGGCUGAGUUUGAGGCUAAAGGACUGCUGCAUUUUGGCCAAACUAUCACUGCAUUUUUAGCAGAUUUGAACUCUUUAUUGCUGAGUUUGUUAAGAGCUGAAGCACUGCUGCAUCUUGGCCAAACCAUCGUUGCAUUUUUUAGAUAUUACAGGCCGAUGAAAUUCAAUUCGAGGCCACUUCCCUUUGGAGUGUCCCUCGGUUUGGGCCAUUUAGCAAAAGGUGAUGUUGAAAUAUCUAAACAGUGGUAUGGCAAAGAAACUCACGCAUGCACAUGUAUCCUGGCGAGGUGACCGGAACGGCUGACGAGCCACUAGAUUGUAGUCAUGGCAUACCAGAUUUUCAUCUCACUGCUUGGAAGCUUAAUAAGGAAACUCUUAAAGAAGAUGGGAAGACCAUCGUCCCCAUUCUGGUUUCUGGAAAGGAACUAAUGGUGGUGAAGAUUUCCCUUUUAGUGGUUGUGAUGAUGAUCAAACUUCCGUUGAUACAUCUGCUCUUUCAAAAAUAACUCGAACUGGCGCAAUGACAUUCUGUUUUAUUCAAGCUAUUGAGCAUGGUCAUGGAGCCACAUAUGGAAGUUUAUUGACUGCAAUGCGAAAUGUCAUUCGACAAGAUGGUGGAAGUUCAGGGGGUGACUUUGGUGGUGGUGUUGUCACAUCUCUCAUCUCCAUGCUUCUGAAAGGUGGUAGUGUCGGUAUGGGUGGAGGCUUUAGUCAGAACUCUUGUGUAUGUCAACCACAUUUUAAAUUCUUUUUGGCAUUGAGGAGAAGGCGUCAACUCCAUUUACAGCUCGCAAGAGCAUAAAUGCACUAGCUACGCUCUGAAAGACCAAAGAUGUUUUGUGUUUAUCAGCUUUAUUCUUUUGAAAUUAUGAUAAAUAUCAAAACUUGUACGGAAUACAGGCCUAAAUUCAUUACGUUAGCUUAAUUUUCCUGAGUUACAGAAUUCAAGUGUAGUUCUUGACAUUUUCUCUUUUACGUUGCACUCUUUUCAGGAGCCCCAAUUAACAACUUGCCAGUCAUUCGAUGUGUAUGCGAAGCCAUUUUCAUUGUGAAACUCUUCCUGCUCUCAUUCUCCCUUUCCCCCUUUUGGUGUGUUUGGAUUUGGAUUCUUUAAUUUGUAAAGAGAAAUUUCAUCGGCUUCUAUAAUAUGCUCUGCUUAUGCAUGAUAAUGUGAAUAGAUUUCAGAUAGAAAGCUUAAUAAUGAAACUAUUGUCAAUAUAGCUGGCCCUUAACUUUUGCAA